UGCUCUCUUAACAAAUCUUUGGAUAGAAGCUACGAUCAUCACAAAACUAUAUAUAUAAGAUCUUUUCGUUUACUGGAAAAAUAUAUUCAGGAUAAGGAUUCAAGAGGUGUAGGAUUAAAAGAAGUAAUGCUAAAUAAUAAAAUUAAGGAAAAACAAAAGUAUAUAUCUAAUAAUAUGGAAGAGCACUUGGGAAUAAAGAAAAGAACAAAUGGAAGUUCAUCAGUGUUUUCGGAUGUGAUAAACUACUCAUGAAAAAAAAAUCUUGUAAAAUUAUUCCAAUUUAGAAAAAAAAUAUUCAAAGAACUUGAUUACGAACAUUUUCUUAGAUAUAACAGAACAAUUACCAAUAAAGUUUACAAAAAAAUAAUACUUAAAAAGUACAGAUUACGAAUGGUUUUACCUCUAUUAUUGUUUUCCUUACUAAUAAUACCAAUUAUAUUACAUAUAUCUGGGAGUUUUGCACUUGUAUGUGAGUUCUACAAGGCAUUGAAUUCGAACUUUGGAGACGGUUGUAUGGGUCCUUUAAAAAAUUGGUUAUGGAAAUCCCCUUUAUGGUGGUUGGGUAGUAUAGUAAUAGAAGCUCAAAAAGAUAAGAAAAUGUCUUUCAUUGUUAUUCCUUUUUUUAGCAGUAUAAUUUAUUUUCUACCUCUCUUUAUAUUUGGAGUUACAAUUAUAUUACGAAUUGUAUAUUACCACAAAAAAGUUAUAAAAUAUGAAAAAAUUAAGAUCAAGAAAAGGUAA